AGUGUUUAUUUAUCUUUUUCCAGGGAUUCUUUGAUAUCCCUGUGGAUAACUUGUACGCAGAGCCAGCUGUCUUGAAAUGGAUCAAGGAGAAUAUCCUUGAAUGGAAAAAUUGCAUCAUUGUGUCACCUGAUGCAGGAGGAGCUAAGAGGGUCACCUCGAUUGCGGACAGGUUGAAUGUGGACUUUGCUCUAAUUCACAAGGAGAGGAAAAAGGCAAACGAGGUCGACCGUAUGGUCCUUGUCGGAGAUGUGAGGGAUCGCGUUGCGAUUCUGGUGGAUGACAUGGCUGACACCUGUGGGACAAUCUGCCAUGCUGCCGAUAAACUCAUCUCUGCUGGUGCCACAAAGGUUUAUGCCAUCCUGACCCACGGCAUCUUUUCUGGUCCAGCUAUUUCACGCAUCAACAACGCCUGUUUUGAAGCCGUUGUCGUCACCAACACAAUCCCUCAGGAGGAGAAGAUGAAGCAUUGUCCCAAAAUACAGGUGAUAGACAUCUCCAUGAUUCUAGCAGAGGCCAUUCGCAGAACUCACAACGGGGAAUCCGUGUCUUACCUUUUCAGCCACGUCCCCCUGUAGCAACGCCGUCAUCUGUGCUCAGUAAAUACCAAAUACGAGAAGAGGGAAUGCCCCCAAACACUACCAUUAACAGAGCUGUUCUGCUAAUUAACGACGUUGAAAACAACCAAUGAAUGAAUCAGCCGUCAUGUCUUUUACUAAUGCAGCCCCCACCCCCGUCCACCCGCCCGCUUCAUUCGCCACCCUCCACCCUUUAAGUGGCACCCCUUGAUGUUCAGGGAGCCGACGCAAGCGCAACCUACCAGUUUUAGACAGGCUUAUUUAUGUGUAUGGGUAAAUGAAGUAUUUAUCCACUGUGAACUUUGUGUUUCUCUCUCAGUGCAUUUAACUCAUGGUUUUCUCCUGAUCGUCGUGUCACUUUGUUGUCAAAGAGCUUCUAUAAAUAUCCCCGGCAGGUUCCAGUGCUCAGGAGAAGCGUCUGUUAUAUAAAGCUGUUACAUUGUGCUUUCUGUUACAAUGAAUGAGUGUAGUUUCUCUGUUGCUCGAAUGGAUUACAGUUACUCCAUUUGAAUGUGCAUUUAACUAGUUUACAGUGCCACUGAAGCUCCACUCAACCAAGAGUGCCUCAAAAGUCUGAAAUGAAAUUGAAUUCCCCUCCCAAGUCUUCUACUAUUCUCCCUUUUCUUCUCCCUUUGCUUUUAGUUUUCUCACUGAUGAACUGUUUUCAGGUGUCUUAGCAGGCUGAAAACGAGAUCUUUUUAGGAUGUUUCUUUCAACUCUUGAGGUGCCCUCAUUGAGUGGGGAAUGCCCAGUGUCUCCAAAGUUUAAUUUUUAAUCUUUUUUUUUGAGUCUAAAAUGAAGAUAAAGAAGGUUUUUAGCUUGGGGUCUCUGCGGGCUGGAGCUUCCUUCAGAAAUCUUCACCUGCUAUUUUUGUGCUUUUGUUUUGUUUUGUACGUCUGGAAGGAAAAAAAGUUGUCAUUAAUGUGCAAAACUCAAGUUUUUGUGUUCUUUUACAGUAGAAAAAGGGAAUGCACCAAGUGUUUGAGGGAUGCAUUCUCAAUAAAUUUGAAUAUGCCAAAAAUAAA